GAUGUGAGUUGGCUAAAAGUUCUUCUUCCUCUCUUCUUUGAAGUGGAUCACUAAGAGAACAGUCUCUUCUCUUGUGUGCAUGUUUAAUACUGAAUAAGGUUUGUCAGAAAGCUGCUGAGCGCUGAGGAGACAUGGAAGCUGUGAUCGGACUGUUUGUGAUGAUACUCGGAGUCUCUCACGGUGUGGAAACCCACUGUGACGGCCGACAGAACGGAGCUCAGUGUUUUGGAGCUUUGGGAGGAACUCUGGUCCUCCAGCUGAUGGACAAAGCCUCAGAAAUACAUAAAUAUCAAUGGUCAAAAAAUAGAACAAUAAUCCUAGAGGGGAGAAACAAUGCAAUUGUGUUUAAUAGGAUAGAAAACAAAUUAUUAUUUACUCCCAGUAAUGGAACACUUAGGAUUAAUAACCUGAUCAGGACUGAUGGUGGUGAAUAUAAACUUGAAACCUUUGGUUCAGAUGGAAAGUCAUCAGGUUCCAGGGUUAGACAGUUGACCAUUCAAGCUCCUGUGUCCUCUGUCCUGCUGGUCCAUGAGUGUCUGUCCCAUGGAGAGAGGAAGGUGUCCUGCUCCUCUGAGGGAGCAGACAGUCCUCAGUACAGCUGGACUCUGGAUGGAGACACUCUGACAGACUCUCAGCUCCUCGGUGGAAACAAAGAGACGAACAUCAUCACUCUGAAACAACACGUCUCAGGACGACUGGUCUGCUCGGUCAGGAAUGACGUCAGUAGUCACUCAAAAGAAGAGACGGUCUCUACCUGUGGUGUGGAAACCCACUGUGACGGCCGACAGAACGGAGCUCAGUGUUUUGGGGUUUUGGGAGGAACUCUGGUCCUCCAGCUGAUGGACAAAGACUCAGAAAUUCAAACAUACCAAUGGAUUAAGAAUGGAACAACAAUACUGAAUAUGAAAAACAAUGCCAUUGUGUAUAAUAUGUUAAAAGACAGAUCAUUCUUUACUCCCAGUAAUGGAACACUUAGGAUCAAUAACCUGAGCAGGGCUGAUGGUGGUGAAUAUAAACUUGACCCCGUUGGUUCAGAUGGAAAGUCAUCAGGUUCCAGGGUUCAACAGUUGACCAUUCAAGCUCCUGUGUCCUCUGUCCUGCUGGUCCAUGAGUGUCUGUCCCAUGGAGAGAGGAAGGUGUCCUGCUCCUCUGGGGGAGCAGACAGUCCUCAGUACAGCUGGACUCUGGAUGGAGACACUUUGACAGACUCUCAGCUCCUCGGUAGAAACAAUGAGACGAACAUCAUCACUCUGAAACAACACGUCUCAGGACGACUGGUCUGCUCGGUCAGGAAUGACGUCAGUAGUCACUCAAAAGAAGAGACGGUCUCUACCUGUGGUGUGGAAACCCACUGUGACGGCCGACAGAACGGAGCUCAGUGUUUUGGAGCUUUGGGAGGAACUCUGGUCCUCCAGCUGAGGACAAAGCUGGACAAAGCCUCAGAAAUAUAUAAAUAUCAAUGGUCAAAAAAUAGAACAAUAAUACUAGAGGGGAAUAACAAUAAAACCUCAUUUAAUAGGAUAGAAAACAGAUUAUUCUUUACUCCCAGUAAUGGAACACUUAGGAUCAAUAACCUGAUCAGGACUGAUGGUGGUGAAUAUAAACUUGAAACCUUUGGUUUAGAUGGAAAGACAUCAGAUUCCAGGGUUCAACAGUUGACCAUUCAAGCUCCUGUGUCCUCUGUCCUGCUGGUCCAUGAGUGUCUGUCCCAUGGAGAGAGGAAGGUGUCCUGCUCCUCUGGGGGAGCAGACAGUCCUCAGUACAGCUGGACUCUGGAUGGAGACACUCUGACAGACUCUCAGCUCCUCGGUGGAAACAAUGAGACGAACAUCAUCACUCUGAAACAACACGUCUCAGGACGACUGGUCUGCUCGGUCAGGAAUGACGUCAGUAGUCACUCAAAAGAAGAGACGGUCUCUACCUGUGGCUUCAUCUUCAUUAACUGCACCUCAGCCGAUGGGACGCACAUAUCACAGUGGGUGUUUGCAGCCAAUAAUUAUCUGUGUAUUGAGACAACAACAGCUUCCCCCACAAACACACCAACGUUACCUGAUGGUAAGGAGUCUGGCAUCACAGAAUCAACGGUCAGGAAUGACGUCAGUAGUCACUCAAAAGAAGAGACGGUCUCUACCUGUGGUGUGGAAACCCACUGUGACGGCCGACAGAACGGAGCUCAGUGUUUUGGAGCUUUGGGAGGAACUCUGGUCCUCCAGCUGAUGGACAAAGCCUCAGAAAUACAUAAAUAUCAAUGGUCAAAAAAUGGAACAAUAAUACUAGAGGGGAGAAACAAUAAAACCUCAUUUAAUAGGAUAGAAAACAGAUCAUUAUUUACUCCCAGUGAUGGAAUAUUCAGGAUCAAUAACCUGAUCAGGACUGAUGGUGGUGAAUAUAAACUUGAAACCUUUGGUUCAGAUGGAAAGACAUCAGGUUCCAGGGUUCAACAGUUGACCAUUCAAGUGGGAUCAUUGACAACAGCAGUUUGUGUCCUGGCUGUUCUCGUAAUUCUGUUAGUGGUCGGGGUCUCUGUCGUCUGUGCUCUGAAGAAAAAGCGAGAAAACAAACCUAAAGAAGAAGACAACCAGGAAUUAACCUAUUCUGAGGUCAGGAUUGGGCCGCGGCCGGGGAGGCAGAUGAAGCAGAGAGCAGAGGAGGAGGUGGAGUACGGGGAAGUGAAGUUUUCACAGCGACCCCGACACAAUGUUGAACCAGCUGCAGACGAGUGCGUGUACGCCAAGGUGCGUAGAGAGCGAUGAUUCACAGGGUUUAGAGACUGAACAGAUGAAGGCAGAAGCUUCAAUUCCUUUCCCCCGAUUUUAUGAAAAUUAUUCAUAAUAUUAAAUAGAUAUUAUAAUAUUUGAAUAUUCCAAUAGCAACAUUAUGUUCCCCUUUCUUAACAAUUUUUGUUGGAUAAUGUUAUAAUUCCUUGCUUCUUGUUUCUAAUUCAUGACCGUAUUUACCUUCACGCUGUAAACUUGAAAUGAUGUAAACAUGAAUCUGAUAGUUGUAGUGUCAUUACACAACCACCUGGGAUCAUUUUUUUAGUUGAACCCUCUCAUUGAAACACAGUUCAACUUCUGACCCGCAAACUCUAGUGAGCUAAUCAUUGACCACGCAGGAGGGGGGUUAUAAAAACGUAUAUAAAAGAACAAUCAUUUUGCUACUUUGUUCACAGCAAUGACUGUAUGUGGACCAUCGUGUGCAGUAUUGUAGCAGCAGUUAGUCUUUUAGUGUGUGCACACCAUUGGAAACCCAAAGAGAUUCAACUGUUGCACCAGAGCCCUUUAUAGGUUUGGUUGGACUACAAUUAAGCAUUUAUUUUUUCAUAAGGAUUUAGUCAUUGUCGUGAAACAUUCAUGUGACGCUACCCAAGCAAGCAAAGUUAUCUAAUUAUAAAAGACUGGUGGCAAUUCUACAAUCCUGAGCAGGAGCAUGUUUGAUUGAAGAUAUCCUCCAUUGAGACUUCAGUUAUAAGUGCCCUUUUUUAGUUUUAAUUUACUAUUUGUACAGUAUUUGUAAAGUACAUAUUUUUACUGUGGAACAGUAUGAAUGUAAAGCAGCGUGAGAGAUGUAAAGGUUAGUGUGCAAAUCAUUUUGUAAUAUGCACCAUAUUAAUGUAUGAUUUAUAUGGUCCAAAUGUAACUUAUCUCAGGUAAUAAUGUCAUUAAUUACAUGUAUUUAUUAACUAUGUUUGUGUGCAGGUAAGCCUGUACACCACUGGUUUACAUGGCCGGUGCACUGAGCAUCAUUUUCUAUUUUAUGUGCAGCACAACCAACAUGAACAUGAAAACAGGGGAAUUCUCCCACUGAACACAACGAUUGACAAAUGUACGACGAGUUGCACAAAAUUUGUGGUACAGCGGUUUAUUUCUAAAAGAACGUUUUUGCAAUCCUCGGCCUAAUAUGUCCGUACAAGGUUUACAUUUCUACAUCCACUUCCUCUUUUCUCUCUCUUCUUUAAAGUGACAAUGUGAGCGUGAGUUAAUAUAUACAAUGUAGCACUUAAACAUUUCACACAUACAUAAGAACGGAUACGUAGGGACUUCUUCUUUUUUUGUUAAAAAUGAACGUCUGCAUUUAGCCGUUAAAUGUCGGUGGUCAAUGAGUCGUGUAGCAGCUGUUUUUCAGGAUGUGGCUUCAUUCUGUUCUUCAUUUGUGAACACGCUUGCUCUCAGUUCCUUUCUGUUAUCACGAUGUUGUAGCAAAAGAAAAAAGUAUUCAACAAUGGAAGAGUUUUAACCAAAUAUUUCUUAAUGUCAUUAUAAAUAUUUUCAAUUGUAAAUGAUGACAUUUGUGUUUUUAUAGAUUAGUUCAUCAUGUUGCUUUUUCUUUUUAAAUAACAUGCCAUUAUUUUUAUUUUUUUAAACAAAAACAUUAAAAUUUUCAUUAGACCAAACACAGCGGCUUCCCUCCAUAACUCAAAAAAGUUUGGUUUAUACUUUGUAAUGAUAUAUUUUCCUGCUAAAUCCAGCAUCUACACUUAAUAAAUGUGUUUUGAACUUUGUGUUCAGCAUAUUCGACUUCUUCCCUCAGAAGUAGGAGCUGUAACACUCUGCGUCGCCUGUAAAUUCAAAUGACAAUAAACAGAUGUACUUCCAUCA